GAAGCUGGAGCUUCGUCUCGUGACCUGUCUCAUUGUUGCUAACCAGCUGACAGUAGUCUGAUCAUGAGAAAAAGCGGUUUUUAUCUGUAAAUAAGUUAAUAUUUGCCAAAUAUUCACAACGACUAGAGAGAAAAUGUUGUCACGCUUGCUAAAGGAGCAUCAGGCGAAGCAAAAUGAGCGGAAGGAACUUCAGGAAAAACGAAGACGUGAAGCUAUUACUGCAGCUACCUGUCUCACUGAAGCGUUGGUGGACCACCUUAACGUUGGUGUUGCUCAGGCAUACGUGAACCAACGCAAACUGGACCAUGAGGUCAAGACUUUGCAAGUGCAGGCGAGCCAAUUCUCCAAGCAAACUGCUCAGUGGAUCAGCAUGGUGGAGGGUUUCAAUCAGGCUUUAAAGGAAAUUGGGGAUGUUGAGAACUGGGCACGCAGUAUUGAGAUGGACAUGAGAACAAUCGCCACAGCUCUGGAGUACGUACAUAAGGGACAGCUUCAGUCUGCUGGAUCGUAAACUCCACAGUGUGUUUGUGUGGGACUUUUACUACUGAACAUGUAAAGACUGGAAUAAAACAUUUAUCCAGUCCAGUUGAGCUCAUUCAGUGAAGAAAUAACUUUGCUCGUCUGCACGCUCCUCUGAGUGGACUGAAGCUGGCAUUUUGCAGAUGGAUGUCAACAGUUUGUUGCAUUUGAAGUUUUUUUAUUUUAUUUUAUUUUUGUAGCAUCACUACUGAGAAGAGUAAGCAUGAUAGGUUUGCCGAUAAAUCAAAAAUACCGUUUGUGUGGAUAUCUCUGUGAGUUGUUUGUUUUGAUUUGAAAGAGAAAAUGAGUUUUUACAUUGAGAAACUUGAAAGCGUCCCAGACAAAUGUCUGUCUCAAACUUGUCUCCCUGUUUGAGGUAUUUCUGUAAAAGCAUGGAAUAGGAUAAAUUUGGUGUUUGCACCUUAGCU